AUGUCUAUAGAGCGGGCAAAGAUUCUCCAAAAGAGGAGGGUCAAUAUAGCGUGUGUGCAUGAUAGUAGGUGGGUAGGAUCGAAGGCGAGUAAUAUAGACGGGUAUAAAUUAUGGUUCUCCGGAGUCGUGAAGGGCAAGAACGGAGUGGGCAUUUUGGUGGAUAGGGAGCUUAGAGAGUCGGUGGUAGAGGUCAGACGGGUGAAUGAUAGGUUGAUGGCGAAAAGCUUGGACGAGGAGGUUAAGAGGCGCUUCUGGGAGGCGCUGUAUGAGGUGGUACAGGUUAUUCCGCCUACGGAGAAGCUAUUCAUAGAAGGGGAUUUCAAUAGUAAUAUUGGGUUGUCUGCUGGUGGCUAUGGUGAGGUGCACGGUGGCUUCGACAUUGGUGAUAGGAACGGGGGUGGUAACUCACUGUUGGAUUUCGCUAGAGCUUUUGAGUUGGCUCCUGGUGAUGGACGUCAGUAUCUUGAUGAAGAUGAAGAAGAGAUUUGUACGGGGUCAGUCGAGGAUCAGGUAGGGAGCUUUGUCUAA